UUUCAAAAGAAAAAAAAAAAAAAAAUUCAAUUCUUUUGAGGAAGAAAAGAAAGCGGAGAGUGAGAGGAAGGGAGGGAGAGAGAGACGUUUGACGAAUGUAUGUGGUAUGAGAAGAAAACAAGAAAAUCCCUAAAAAGUUAUUCUGAACUUUCCAAUUUCUUUCGUCGUAGGGACGAAGGCGGUGGAUUAUCCUUCAAAAUCAUGCUUCUGAAUCUUCCAUAAUUCCCGUUGUUAUCUUAAUUUUUUGUUUUUCUGCGGAUAAACGUAAUAGGUUUCUGUUUCAUCAGAGAGACGGGGAACGGAGGUAAGGAUGUCUUUAUCCUCUUCUUCUUCAGCGACUGUAGCAGUGGAGAAGGCCACCAGCGACCUUCUAAUAAGUCCCGAUUGGACUAUGAACAUCGACAUAUGCGAUUCCAUCAAUUCUAAUCAUUGGCAGGCGAAAGAUGUCAUGAAAGCUGUGAAAAGAAGGUUACAACAUAGGAGUCCUAAAGUUCAGCUGCUGUCUCUAACGCUUAUCGAGACAAUGGUGAAGAAUUGUGGUGAUUAUGUCCAUUUUCAGAUAGCCGAGAGAAAUAUUCUAGGAGAGAUGAUCAAAAUUGUGAAGAAGAAGGCAGACAUGAAUGUGAGGAACAAAAUUUUAGUGCUAUUAGAUUCUUGGCAGGAGGCAUUUGGUGGACCCGGAGGAAAGCAUCCUCAAUAUUACUGGGCGUACGAUGAAUUAAGGCGGUCUGGAAUUGAAUUUCCCAAGCGUUCAUUAGAUGCUGCUCCAAUUUUUACACCACCUGUUUCAAAUCCAACCCUAAGGAUUACACAAGCUGGUUACGGAAUGCCUAGUAAUUCAUCAAGGAGGCUUGAUGAGACAAUGGCGACAGAGAUUGAAGGCCUAAGUUUGUCAAGCUUGGAUUCCAUGCGUAAUGUUAUGGAGCUCUUGAAUGACAUGCUGCAAGCUGUGACUCCUGGAGACUCUCUUGCUGUUAAAGAUGAAGUGAUUGUAGAUCUUGUAAGCCGUUGUCGUGCCAAUCAAAAGAAGUUGAUGCAGAUGUUGACUACAACGGGGGAUGAGGAACUUCUUGGUCGAGGUCUGGAGCUAAACGACUCCUUGCAAACUUUACUUGCUAAUCAUGAUGCAAUUGCUUCUGGUUCUGUGUUGCCAACUCAAUCAACAAAUCUGAGCCCUCAGAUGCCUGAGUCAUCUGCUGCUGCACAGAAAGCCAAUGAAAUAAGAGGUUCAAGCAUAAGAGAUUCUAGUCCACCAAAUGUGAAUACUCCAUCAACUGCUUCUGUAGCAAGGACCCAGAUAGUGGAGGAUGACGAAGAGGAGGAUGAGUUUGCCCAACUAGCUCGAAGGCACUCUAAAUCACAGCCUGUACCUAGUCAAAGCUCUUCUACCGAAACUGUUGAGAACUUGGCAUUGGUGAGCACAGGCAAUGCAGUUACUUCAUCCAUGCCAGCAUCCUCUAAUACUUGCACUGCAUUAGCUCUACCAGAUCCUCCUGCACCAGUCAAGACUUCAAAAGAGCAAGAUAUGAUUGACCUCUUGAGUAUCACUUUAUCAACAUCAUCAACCUCUCCUCAUACUCCUCUCACUCCACCUGCAUCAAGCCAAAAUACACAUCAGGUCCCUGUAUCGUCGUCAAAUACACAGAGAUAUCAUCAUCAGCAUUCUGCCAGCGAAGGUCAGGUACCUUAUAACAGUUACGUUGUGCCAUGGGCUCAACCUGGACCCCAGGUUCAGUUACAAUCACAAACUCAACCACAAGUACUAUCGCAGCAACAAUUUCAACCUCAGCCGCAGCCACAACAACAAUUUCAAUCACAGCCUCAGUCGCAGCAGCAACAACAAUUUCAACCUCAGCCUCAGCCACAACCACAACAAUUUCAACCUCAGCCUCAGCCACAACCACAACAAUUUCAACCUCAGCAUCAGCCACAGCCGCAACAACAAUAUCAUUCUCAGCCACAGCCACAGCCACAGCCACAACGACAAUUUCAACCUCAGCCUCAGCCUCACCAACAACAAUUUCAGCCGCAGCAGCAAUUUCAUCCACAGUAUGCUCAAUAUUCUUCAGGUUACUACCCUUCCCCACCUUGGGCAGGUUCUUCUCUUAAUGCCAACCACCAAAGUAAUGUCUCUGUUUCGAAUAUGGGUUAUCUUCGUGGGAAGGAACCUGCACUGUCUACCUCUUCAUUGCCUGCUAGACCUUUGCAGCAUCUUAAUUCAUUCCCAUUGAGAGGAAAUAAUGAGUUAGCUAUGCGUGGAGGAGGAGACUCAUGGGCAGCAGGUGCCCCUAGGAACUCAACACCUUCAACAACACAAAAGCCGUUCAUUCCAUCAUACAGACUGUUUGAGGAUCUAAAUGUUUUUGGCAGUACAGAUCCAAGAUUGAAGGUGACUAGCAGUAACGCAACUUCUAGCUUAGCCGGAAGUUCUGGCCAAAGUAUGGUGGGGGGGAGAAAGUGAAAACAGUCGGCUCAUGAGCUGGAGAAAUUCUCCUUGUCUAUAUAAAAAGUAUCCUUUUCAUCUUUGUGAUGUAUUUAAAACAGGAUUGGCAGGACAUAGUUUUCUUGUGAUCAUUGAUUAUGGAAUUGAAGCAAAUUGUGAGUUGUAAAUUUUAUUUUUCUGUUCAUAAAUGAUCUACUUUGUCAUGCUUUUCGGGUGGGCUGAACCGUUGCAUUGAAGAUGUAAAAACCCAACAGGACAACAAUCUUUGGUCGAAUCAGACGUUGGUCCAUGGAGGUAACUCUAGAGUCUAGCAUGUACCCUCUAGGUUUUCGUUACCUUUCUUUUACUUCCCUCUAUAUGAUAUGGUCAGUUACAAAAUCACAAAAUUUAUGUUGAAUUGAUUACCUUUCAUGGUUGUAUAAUAGUUACAUUUUUACCUUAAUGUCCUUUCAAUAAUUAUUGGAUCC